AUGAGCAUGUUGAUGAGUACCCAGACAUCCCCGGGCUCAAGCACAGCGCAGCUGCUGGCUAGAUGCCGAUUGCGACGUAGACAAGACCUCAUUGGUGCCGACUUGUUCCUGGUGAUGGCCGUGGCUUGUGCGACACCCCCAGAUACGAGUCUGUGGAAAUCGUGGAUUCAGCUUCCUCAGCCACUCACGGUCUCGCUGCUCGAUGAUGCGCCAAUCGAAUUCGUAAAGGCUGAACUGAAGCGGUGCGUCGACAGCUGCGACGCUUCUGAUGCAUCUCAAGGUGACUUUCUGCCCACAAGACUGCUUGAUGUAUCGGGCAGCAUUCCGAGAUUGGUAACAACAAGGGCCGCAUCCAGGAUUCAGGAUACCGACGCUCGUUAUCUUGCGCUGAGCUAUUGCUGGGGAAACGGCAAUCAACUCAAGCUCACGCAAGACUCCAUAGAUUGGAUGACGCGCGGUAUCCCAUUGGAGCUAUUGGCCCCGGUGCAAAUUGACACUAUUGCACUAGCGAAGGCCUUGUCGAUACCUUAUGUCUGGAUCGAUGCGCUCUGCAUUUUGCAGGACGACCAUGACGAUUGGUGCCGCGAAUCUUCCAGCAUGCACAAAAUAUACGCUACAUCGUAUCUGACAGUUUGCGCCCUGUCCACGACAUCCUGUCAACAAGGCUAUCUAUCUAGAAGAUCACCCAUGAUAACCGUUCCGUGUCAUUCCAAGACAGAUGACACGGGGUACUUCCAUUUGCAACCGUUCAUGUGGACACAUGACCGCAACCAGACAUAUAGCGGCAUCACACCGGGAAGUACCUGGAGUACUCGCGCAUGGACUUACCAAGAGCAAGGGAUGGCAACGAGACUGUUAUACGUCACAAGUGCCGGUUUUACUUUCAGCUGUAGCAGUUGGACGAUUUCCGAGCACUCCAACCUGGCUUCCAAUCCUCGAAAGGAUGUCAUACUUGCCGAGUUGCUGGCUUCGAAAGACCCAGAGACGUUAUACAAGACUUGGGCAGAGCGAGUGAUUGCCAACUACUCCCCGCGCGAGCUCACUCAGAAUCAGGACAGACUCCCGGCAUUGUCAGGGUUGGCACAGAUCUUCGGCCAAAGCCUCCCAGGUGACGAGUAUGCCGCCGGGCUUUGGAGAAACGACCUUCACCGUGGUCUUGGCUGGAUCCUUCGUAUCCCUCCUCACGAGUCCUUGAGCGGACUGCUUGAUGACCUCAGCGACAAUGACAGCUAUAUCGGUCCCUCGUGGAGUUGGAUAAGUCGCCCAAAGUCUCUAGUGGUCUACGAUGAAGAGCUGGUCUUUUAUAAAUAUAAAUCUUCAGAAUGGAUAGAUCAUCAGGAGUUUGAGCUUUUGAGCAUGUCCAUCACGAAGAAAGGACUAGAUAACUACGGCCAGAUCUCCCAGGGCACGCUCUCCGUGAGAGCUUAUGUCUACAAACUUUCUCGCAAAGGCAAUGCUGCUCGGGAUGCCAACGACCCGCGAAAUCUGAUCUAUACAUUUGGAGAUCAGCAGAAUCAUGCCUGCCUCAUACGCCCUGACUGGCGCCUGAAAGACGAAAAGCAGAACCUAUGUAACCUUUCAUUUGUUCUCAUAGGAAGCGGUUCGUCUGAGGAUGAGCCAAGGACUUCGCUUCAUGGGCUGGUUGUACACGCUGUUGGUGCGAGUGGUACAUAUUUCCGCGUAGGAACAUUUUGGCCGACUCUUGUGUAUAAUUUUGCGGAGCCUUCGCUACAGUUCUUUCGUCGAGAGUCCAUCUUGCAAGAUAUCAAGUUGAUCUAA